ACACACUCACACUCGCAGGCGCGCGUGCGCACGGCCGCGCGCCGGAGCCUCGGAGUCUCCAGCGCCGCUCAGCAGAUCCCACUCUCUCCCGCGCCGCUACUCACACAGGCUUCCAGCCGCCACUGGGCGUCCUCUGUCUGCAGCAGCGGCAGCCGAGGCAGCAGUGAGAAAGGCGGCUGCAGCCCGACCUGGUCUUAGAGCUCCGAGCCCUGGACGGAGUCCGGGAGAAGCGAGAAGGAGGACGUGGAGGCGAGGAGGAGCCGCGCCGCGCCCCGUCCGCGCGGCAAGCUGCCUCCACUCCCGCUCCCGCGGCCGCAGGUGUUUUGCAGCCGGCAUGACGUCAUCCUUAUAAUCCGUGGAGGAGAGAGCGCUCGCCAUGCUCAGCUGUGGGACCAGUCCCAGAGAGGCAGCGUGUCUUUGAGGCCCCCGAGAUCCCUGCCUGCUGCCUUCCUCCUGGACCCCUGUUCUAACCUUCUGCCAUAUCUGCAGAUUCAUCUGAGACGACUGUUUCAAUGCGAAGUGCCUCUAAGAAGCAUCGGGCAUGUUGGAGCUACACUGUCGUCCAUGGAACUUCUUUUGUGAACAGCUUCCAUUUAAAAGACUUUUGUGAAUACGUUGGUUCAGUCAAGUUCCCAGAGAACACAUUUGUCUUCUGAUCGGCUGGAGGUUGUAAGGAAGCAACUAGAGAAUGAGCUGCACAAAAAUGAGGAUGUAACCCAAGAAAGAGGAGACCAUGGGAUCCAGGAGGCGGGGCACCCAGCACAGGCGAGAGGCACAGGGAUUUCGCAAGAUGGUGUUAAAAAGAAGCCCCAGGACAACAGAAUCUGAUGAUCUCCGUGGGGACCCUGCCCUCGGCCAUCCAAGCGCUCCCGCCCCUCAGGAUGCUCGUAAUUCCAUAGUCGAUGCAGGUGCCGUUGAAAGCAUCACCCCGUGUCCCCCGAAGCUUCCUCAGAUGAUGGCCGCAGCUGCCGACGGUUUGGGAAGUUUAGCGAUAGACACGACCCAGCUCAGCAUGUCUGUGACAGACCCUACCGCCUGGGCCACCGCCAUGAAUAACUUGGGCAUGGUUCCCGUGGGGUUGCCUGGACAGCAGCUUGUAUCGGACUCCAUCUGCGUGCCCAGCUUCGAUCCAGGUCUCAACAUGAUGGCUGGAAUCACCCCCAUCAACCCCAUGAUACCAGGCCUGGGGCUGGUACCACCCCCUCCGCCCACAGAAGUGGCCGUCGUCAAAGAAAUAAUCCACUGCAAGAGUUGUACCCUUUUUCCUCAAAAUCCAAAUCUCCCACCUCCGUCCACGAGAGAACGGCCCCCCGGGUGUAAGACCGUGUUCGUGGGAGGAUUGCCGGAAAACGCCACCGAGGAAAUCAUCCAGGAAGUCUUCGAGCAGUGCGGGGACAUCACGGCGAUCCGGAAAAGCAAGAAGAAUUUUUGUCACAUUCGCUUUGCCGAGGAGUUCAUGGUUGAUAAGGCCAUUUACCUUUCUGGCUACCGGAUGCGAUUAGGGUCUAGCACGGACAAAAAGGAUUCGGGCCGCCUGCACGUGGACUUCGCGCAGGCCAGGGACGACUUCUACGAGUGGGAGUGCAAGCAGAGGAUGCGCGCGCGCGAGGAGCGGCACCGGCGCAAGCUGGAGGAGGACCGGCUGCGGCCACCCUCGCCGCCGCCCAUCAUGCACUAUUCAGAGCACGAGGCCGCGCUGCUGGCUGAGAAGCUCAAAGACGACAGCAAGUUUUCAGAGGCCAUCACUGUGCUGCUGUCCUGGAUUGAGCGAGGGGAGGUGAACCGGCGGUCCGCCAACCAGUUCUACUCCAUGGUCCAGUCGGCCAACAGCCACAUCCGCCGGCUGAUGAACGAGAAAGCCACCCACGAGCAGGAGAUGGAGGAGGCCAAGGAGAACUUCAAAAACGCCUUAACUGGGAUCCUCACGCAAUUUGAGCAGAUUGUGGCCGUUUUCAACGCUUCUACCAGACAAAAAGCUUGGGACCAUUUCUCGAAAGCUCAGCGCAAGAACAUAGACAUUUGGCGAAAGCAUUCUGAGGAGCUCCGGAACGCUCAGAGUGAGCAGCUAAUGGGCAUCCGCCGUGAAGAAGAGAUGGAGAUGUCGGAUGAUGAGAAUUGUGACAGCCCGACUAAAAAAAUGAGAGUCGAUGAAUCAGCCCUGGCCGCCCAGGCCUACGCCCUUAAAGAGGAAAAUGACAGCCUCCGGUGGCAGCUGGAUGCCUACAGGAACGAGGUGGAGCUGCUGAAGCAGGAGAAAGAGCAGCUGUUUCGAACAGAAGACAACCUCACCAAGGACCAGCAGCUCCAGUUCUUGCAGCAGACCAUGCAAGGCAUGCAACAGCAACUGCUGACCAUCCAGGAGGAGUUAAACAACAAAAAGUCAGAACUGGAGCAAGCAAAGGAAGAGCAGUCACACACACAAGCAUUACUCAAAGUCCUCCAGGAACAGCUGAAGGGUACCAAGGAGUUGGUGGAGACCAAUGGCCACAGUCAUGAGGACACAAACGAAAUCAAUGUGUUGACCGUCGCAUUGGUCAACCAAGACCGAGAGAACAAUAUUGAGAAAAGAAGCCAAGGAUUAAAAUCAGAGAAAGAAGCUCUGCUAAUAGGCAUCAUAUCCACGUUUCUUCACGUCCACCCUUUCGGAGCCAACAUAGAAUAUCUCUGGUCGUACAUGCAGCAGCUGGACUCCAAGAUAUCUGCAAAUGAAAUCGAAAUGCUUCUGAUGAGGCUGCCACGCAUGUUUAAACAGGAAUUCACAGGUGUGGGAGCAACGCUGGAAAAAAGGUGGAAGUUGUGUGCCUUUGAAGGAAUUAAAACUACCUAAGUGUGAACCACAACAGAAUCUCUGGAAAUGAAACCGCCUGAACCCGGCCAGGGCUGUGCAGUGUGAGCCCAGGAGGUUUGGGGCUGGUCCAGCGCGGGACCUUUGUGGAGCCAUCAGAGCCUGACUUUGGUCACAUCUGUGGCAUUCUCUUGUGAGUGGAAACAUAACUGUGUACCAGUUCCCGAAAACAAACAAAGCUUCAUACUGUGA